GAGGACGCUGAUACUUAUCUGUUAUUUAUGCGCAGUUAUCGUCAGAUUUGAAGUCGGUGUGAUUGUGUGUAGACAACUAAAAUUAUUAAAUAUUUUCUGUUUACAAAUAAACAGGAAAUAUCGCUUGCCUUAUGUUGCAUUUUCGGCAUCUUUUAACCCUGAGCCGCUUGCCUUUCAUUGCAAUUGCUGUGUUCUGAUCUGGGGUCAAUGUGACGGAGAGGGACAGGGAGACGGAGGGGAAGGGACGCUGCCGUCUCUCAUAGCCUAAGAAAUAAAGUAACGGACGGCACAGGAUCAGCUGCGGCGGACUCAUGUUCACUGGGGAAAUGACCUAAAUAUCCGCUGUAUGGCACCGCUCGGAGACUUAGUCCCCACACGACCAGAGAUCUUAAUGUCGCGAUUUCUGUAAUUCCUUGUCGCUGCAACUCUGCUUCUUUCUUGUGGAAGGGAAGGAUGUCACUCUCAUUUCUUAUAUCAAAAUUGUUGCGGCAUUUGGCACAAAGUCUUAUAAAGGGGGGUCACAGGGGCUUCCCCCAUUUAGGGAAUAAAUGGAAGGUAGGAAGGUUUAGGUUUGGAAUUUGGGUUCACAUGAUAGCCAGGUUUUAUGACGAAUGCCAUUUCAGAUUAAACUUGGAUUUGGGGAAUCAUCUGCAUGUUGUAAUACCUCCUCAUCAACGUCAAUAGCACGUCAGUAUCAACUUCAGACAGCCUGUGUACACAUCUUCCAAGGAAUAUGGCCGAGGAAGGUUGUGUGGAGAUAGGGGAGGCAAACACAGGCUGCAAGAUGGAGGAUUCGACAACCAGUCUAGGGGGUGCUCCUGUUGUCUGUUUGGUUUGCGACUGUGUGAUUAAGGAGCUCCACAGACAGGAUGUGCCCAAUGUGUUCCUUGAGAGUAGUGUGACAUCUCAUUCUCAGCAACAACUGGCAAACAUGCUGUCAGUCAUUAUAAAAAGUCCCCUAGAAUCAUCACAGGUCUAUUCCAAAACCCUGUGUCGAAGGUGCUUCAGACUCUUAGAUGAACUGGAUGGUAUUGAGCAGCGGUCAGUAGUUCUAAAGACAACCAUUGAAGAGCUCUACAGUCGUUCACUUCUGAGGCGUAUGAAAGGGCCUCGUGUGAGCGACGAAGAGACGAUUGGUGCUAUGGACUUGGGUUUACCUGAAGAUGACGAGGAAGAUGAUGGCUCUAAAAUCUCAGUAAAGGUGGAGCCUCUAGAUGAUGAUGAUGACUUUCUGGCCGAUGAGCUGCGACCAGAGGACCAGGGCAUCCGGCCUGAUGACCCAGAAUUCAACCCAGCGCACGACAACAUGUGGCGUAGCAAGUCACGCAGUAAGGGCAGGGGCAGGGGCAGGGGUCGAAGCAGAGGUCGUGCAAGAGGACGCGGCAGAGGGCGGGGCCCAGGGAGACCCCCAAAGAACAUAAAAGAUGAGGAUGCUGCAGCUAAUAAAGCUGGAGAAUCUCUCGGGGAGAAACUGGGGCAACUAGUCAACAAAAUAUUAGGAGACGACGAAAGCGAAGAGCCAGUAGACAUGGAGACGGAAACUCCCACAACCUCCGCAGAAGGAGUGGAAGAAGAAGUGGAUGCCACAGAGAAGGGAGAAAUAGGGAGUUUGAACGUUGGAUCAAGGCUUAGGGUCGACCAUCAGUGUAAAUGGUGUGAUUUUUCCUGUCCAUCUCCCCUCGAGAUGGCCACCCACACCCUGACACAUGCCCAGCACAGCUGUUCGGAGUGUGGACUAGCUCUAGCUCGGCCUAGUGCACUGAAGCAUCAUCUUAAAAUUGUUCACAAUAUUUCUCUUAGCUCUUGUGAUGAAAAAAAGGCAAGAACAAAAUUUCCUUGUGACGAGUGUGGGAAGGUCUAUGCCUCGGCAGGGGGGCUGCACAGCCACAAGUUAGGGACACAUUCAGGGAGGGUAUACAGCUGCAAGGAGUGUGGGCGGAAGUUCAACCACCCCAAAAACCUGGCUAGUCAUGUGGUCAGGCACAGAGAAAGAAACCUGAAGUGCACCGAGUGCAGUGCAUCAUUCUACCUCCGCAGUGAGCUUAACAAGCACAUCAACCAGGUCCAUCGUAAGUGCCGUCCAUAUGUCUGUGUGGACUGUGGCCGCUCAUUCUGCCAGCGCUCUGUGCUGAAACAUCAUAGAAUGGUACACACAGAUCACCGCCCUCUUACCUGCCCCAUCUGUGGGCGGACAUUCAAGCACAGGCAUGCAUUCAAUUACCACUUGGAACAGGAAAGGAAAAUGGCAGCUGAUAGCCAGGAAGAAGGUGGUCGAAAUAAUACUGCCUUACCCUCACUGAUGACUGUAACAAGUUCCACACAAACCUCAGAAGAUGUACAUACUGAAGAGCAGACUGUAAACUUGAGCAAAGUAAACAGUAUGGAAAAAAAUUCAGAUUUCACUAUUUUGACCUCCAAAACCGACAGGAAAUUCCCAUCUUCCAUAGAGACAAAGUCUGUACACAUGCCGCUGCUUGCCAGUGGUACUGAUGCAUCAGACACCCACACAGGUCACUACUCUGCCGUAGAACUGUUUGGGAGUAGUGCAACCUUUGCGAUAGACCCAUACAAUCAGAGUCAAAGAAGUGUAAUGCUAGUCACAGACAUCAACCAAGACCAUCCUAGCAUUGCUUCCUUUGUUUUGGGAGCAGAAGGAGCCACUGACAUAAGUCCAGGCAACUUCAAAGAGCAAGUUGAUAGCUCGCCAGGAAUCCAUGCCACGUCAGGUAUAAGCACUCUGCCAGAUGUGGAGCUUGGUCACACAGAAAUUACCUGUACCACAGAUGUGGGAGCAGGUACCAGUAGGCUAGAUCCAGAGCCUACAGUGAGCCAAUAUAUUAAGGAGGGCAUUGAGGACUGCUGUGUUCUUAGUGAGGAUUUCAUAUCUGCAUACCAAGCCACAAAUGCUGAAGUUUUAACAGAGUAAGGUGCCAUUGACAUCAAGUCAUAGUUAGAUUAAUGAUGGGUUUAGCUCCAUAUAUAUAUUUUUUUUUUUUAUAUUUUUGUAUUUUUUUAAUACACUUUUCUUAUGAUUGUGAUAUGCAUUGUGAUAACUUACUUUGAAUAAAGGGUAAGUAAUGACCAAAAAUUUGUUACGUCUCCCACUACAUUUUGGUAUAGAGUGAUUAUUCACCCAGGAAAAAGUUGAGCUACAGUGCAAUGUUUAUUUCAACUCUUUCAUGAUAAUUAAUUCAAAGACAUAUAGAGAAUGAGAACUGUACUUAUUUAUAUAUGAAGACCAUUUAAAAUUUCCCCGCCCAGCCUCAGGAAGCUGCUGUUUUUUUUGUCUUGGAAUUUCAAAAUAUAAACAAAGGAUGCUGGCUGAUUUGAGGUGCCACUUGCCAGAAAACACUAUAAGAAAUAUUUUCAAAAUAUACUCUAUUUUCCUUACAAGGAUGACAUAAAUAAUGAAAUUAUUUGUGUGCUUUCUUGCAAGAAACAUAAAUCUUUGCUGCUAUGACCAUUAUGAGAAGGUGUCAAUCCCAAGCCUUCCAUCUAUCUUGACCUAUCCAUCACAUCACUAAUCAGUUCAAGUGACCUGGACCAGAGAUUGCUAUCAUGGCCAUUUCUAGUAUUUUUAUUGCACUAUAUGUUUCUAAAUUGAUUACAGUAAUAUAUAUAUACAAGUAUUUUAGAUUUCAUUAUGAUAAUAUAAAAUUUUGUCAUUCAUUUACAUAUCCAAAAAUGUAAUGAAUAUCACUUCAAUUACCAUUUAUAGAUAUGCAGAAAUAAAAUAGAUGUAGGUGCACGCAUACAUCCAUAAGCACUCACUUAGUCACCCCUUUAUUCAUGAAUAUGGACACACGGAUAUAUAAGCAUAUACAUACAAACACAUGUUGAUAUACAUCCUGUUUAGAGUUCUCUCUCAUCCAGGUCACAAAAGUUCACCUUGCAGAGUGGUCUUGCUACCUCCACCCUACAAUGCACAGAAAUAUGGUGAUUAGUUAGUCUUAUGUUAUGAGCUCCUUUAUAAAAUAGAGAGUGAGUGAGUGAGUGAGUAUGUGCAAAAUAUUGAUCACUUAGUUGGUAGAUCAUAGGCUAUGGGAUCAGAAAGUACCAUUUUGAUUGACAGCUUUGGUACUAAAGCAGAGCUGACAUCCAGGGCCCUUGUGUUGAUGCUAUGCUGCAUUAGUUGUACAACAUAUCCUUCAGUAUUUCAAAAAUGAAGAAGCUAAGGGGCAACACAUGUAUAUCACUGAAUUAUUCUUAACACUGUCCAUAUCCAUGUACCAUUGUUCAGACCACAAAGUAUGCCACAGCACCAUAUAAUGGUUAGAAAGCUUCUGUAUUACAGGUAAUACAUGGUCAGCUUACCAGCAAAAAGGUUCUAUAAUAUAUACACUACAGGAUCAAGCAACCAACAUGAUGCCAGAGUUGGUUUCUUCCAGUGUAAAUUAUAUAAUAGUCAUAAAAUUCUUAGACAUUUGAACCUACACUCAAUAGCUAGAGCUCAUUCUAAUGGCAAGUUCAUAUAAAAUUAUUCUGCCAGGGAAUUGCAUGUACACACAUGCUAUGUGAAUUUAGUUUAUUCAUUGUAUUUACACACAGAUGGCUCCAUAGGUUCUUAGUGACCAGUGAGUCAGUCACUAGGCCAACCUACCUUACCUGUUUACCUUUUUCUGUGAUUUAGGAAAUAUUUUAUUUAAUUUUAUAUUGCUAUUAGUAUUAUUAGCAAUACUGUUAUAAUUAUAGUGUCAGUAAUAGUGAUAAUAACACUAGAAAAAAUAUAAUUUUUCACAAAAACUCAGGGAUGGGGGAAAUCAGGUGAAGGCACAUAGACUUGGUGGCUGAGCGUGUGUAGAGCCACUGGUGUGACACAUUUCACAAAGCAAUACUCAGUAAACCUCACAUUUUCCCAAUGGUAUUGGGAUAACUGAGAGAACUGAUAAUGUAUAUUUAUAUUGAAAUAUUGGUUUUUGGUUUAUAUGACAGAAUUAGAUCAAGUGGGCACUUUUUCAGGAAGUUAUAAAUUCAUCAGGUCAUUAUUAUUUGGUGCAAAAUAUAAUAUUUUAUUUGAAAGUUAUUUAUCUAUUAUUAUAGAUAAUCUUUGUCUUCCCUUUUGCUAUAAAAUUUUCAGAUUUUAUGUUACUCUCAUUUUGCUUGUGUGAUGAAAAAGAUGUUUUUUAGAUGAACAUGACCUUGUCAUAGUUCUUCAAAUGCUGAAAGUUUAAAGGUUAAUAAGAUUAUGGAAAGUGUGAUAUAUGUAACUCGAUGAUGGGAUGGCAAGAAUAUAUGCCAUGACCACUAGGUCUUUUCUUAUAUUGAUUGUCUUUAGGCAUCGAAGGCUCCACAGUAGUAGUGUUACUAACAUAAUAAUCAUAAAGUCAACAAUAUUGAUAUCAAUAAUAUUAGAAAAGAAAAAACACUAAAAACUCUAGGAAAGGGGAAGUCAGGGGAGGAAAUGUAAGCUUACUUAUUGGCUCCUUCAUGGCUGAGCACAUGUGGAGCCAUCUAUGUGCAAAAUAAAUUCAUUAAAGAAAGUGACAGAGGGCAGGAAAAUUACAUGGCACCAUUACGUGCCACAUAAGUGUUUCCAUAUGUAUUUGUGUACAUAAUAGAACUAUAAAGCUAUGUAUCCAUGGGAAUCAACCGACUGCAAAUAGUCCAUCAAAAAAUUCUAGAUCUAGGAAUUUACCUCAGUAGCAUAGAGAAAUACUUGAAAUAAUGAUUACAAAGUACUGGGGAGAAAUAAAGGCAAUAUCAGUGCUCUAGAAGUUUGUGUAUUUUCAUCUUUAUAUAGGGAUUUUUUUACAUUUCAAAUGUUACAAAAAAGUUCACAGUAGUUUUUUAGCAUUAUUUUAAUUUUUUCUCACAUAUCUAUUUUGCCUCAUAAUUUAAAAAAUAGUUUGGAAUUCCAUUUUGCACACCGGGAGUAAGAAUGCAGUUUAAAGCAUUGUUAUGCAUGGUCAUUUCCUGUUUGGUUGGAAUAUUUUUGUUUUUAUUGAAACCUUGUUACAGAUGUUUCAGAGGGACAGGAAUAUCAAAAGUUCUGGUCAGGCUCAUGCAGUAUUUCAGUGCUGCAGUUUUGUUCAUCUUUUAUAUAUAUAUAUAUAUAUAUAGAUACAUACACAUACACAUACACAUACACAUACACA